AACAUGCUCCCAAGCUUAUUUCUCAUUAUGUGAGCACAGGGCAGGUUUUGUGUCCACAGGGUCAGCUCCGCUGGGUCCUCAGCCUGUGGAAAUAGCCGGGCCCUGUCCUGCCGCACCGCAGAGGAUUCCCGACCCUCUGUGAGACCAGGGGACACGGCGGGCCCUGCCGGGCAUGCCACCAGCUGCAGCCACUCGCCUCCAGGCAGGGCGGCUGCCGCAGGGCUGGCGGUGGAGGCUCUUUUGGGGGUCAAGAGGCCACCGUGCAGCGUUCCGAGUCAGGUCGCAGGGCCUGGAGUGGUUUGGGAGAGCUCCCAAAGCACAUCUUCCGCUUUUCUUCCCCUCUUGGCGGCAAUCCCGUCCGCCAGCUCCCGACAUCAGCUAAACUGAGAGGAAGGAAAGGAAGAAAGAGAAGUAGUCAGCUCAAAUGUGCCUCGCUGCGCUGCCGGGGCGCGGGGGCUUGGCUGGAAGGAUCUAGUUUCCCUUCGGUGGCAGGAAAAGGAGCCACGGGAGGAGGCAGAGACGCACAGCCAGACAUGCCCGUCCCGUCAGGCUGCUGGCUCCUUCUCCUGUGCCUCGCUGCCGCUGGCAAACAGCUGUCACUACAAAUCACUCCACCGUGUGAGAGCGAGCAACACUAUGAGUACUCUGGACGGUGCUGCAGGAAGUGUGAGCCAGGGAAGUAUUUGUCUGCUAGAUGCACUGCUACUUCUGAUAGCGUGUGCCAGCCGUGUGGCCCGAACGAGUAUAUGGAUGUCUGGAAUGAAGAAGAUAAAUGCUUACUACAUAAAAUAUGUGAUCAAGGGAAGGCCUUGAGAGAAGUGAACCCAGGGAACAGCACGUUCCAGCGGCAGUGUGCUUGUACGAUGGGCUACCACUGGAACGAGGACUGCGACUGCUGUCAGCGAAAUACCAUGUGUGCUCCUGGACUCGGAGUCAAGCCUCCUGUGCAACAAGACAGGGACACAAUGUGCAUACCAUGUCCCAGAGGCUACUUCUCAAAGGUCUCUUCAUCCACCGACGAGUGUAAAUCCUGGACCAACUGUACAGCUCUAGGAAUGGAAGAAAGUGUGCCUGGGACUGACAAGUCUGAUGCAGUUUGUAAAGAACGGAAGAUGCCUGAGCCAUCAGAAGAUGGAACAAACAGGAUCUUGUACGUGUUGAUUGUCAUCUUGUUUUUUGUGACACUAAUUGGCAUUGUCGUCUUCAUUGUAUACUACAAGAAGAAGGGGAAAAAGCUGACAGCAGAUCUACAGAACUGGGCUAAUGAAGUGUGCAGCCAAAUAAAAGGAACAAAGGAACCCCCCAGAGAUGCACUUGUUACUGUGAACAUCACAAAUGCUCCUGUCCCCCAGACCACUGAAGGCACAUGUCUCCUGGUCCCCUCAGGCUCUCCUGUCCCUGGAAAGUCAUGCUGCACCUCUGGUCACACUCCUUGCAGGAAUGAGAGCCCCAGCACAGAGCCUUGUGAGGCAGCAGAGUUUUCCGUGGUAACCGAGACUGAUGAUUACCAAUUCCCACCAGUUCCCACGGAAGACGAGUACAUGGAUAAGGAUCUCAAUAACACUGAUUAUUUAUCUUUACUAAGGCAGACUGCCAGUAAAACCGUGUCGUCAUUUUCGCAACCAAUGGAGGCAGGGGAGAAUGAUAGCUUGAACCAGUACUUUUCAGGUAUUGGGAGCACAGAGGAUGUAUCAGUCUCUCAAGGCUUUCACCCUCCCUCCAACGCAGAUGGGGCACACAUUGCCACGGACCAGCUUCUACAGAAAUCUUGCCAACAUGCCCACAGUUGCCUGAAGGAAACAGGCCACAAAGACACAGAUCAUUUUGCAACAAACUGUGACUCAGAGAAGAUCUGUGUGAGGUGUGGCAUUUUGUACAGAGAAUCUCCCCAAAAGUGUUACAAACCCUGUUGUGCUGCAGCUGACAGCACCUCCACCUCCCCAGAAACUGGUUCCUGUGCCCAGUGCACCUGUGGUUUGAAUUUUCUCUCUGCUGGUCAGAGUACUCUAGCAAACAAUCUUGGUAUGGAAGAUGCACCUUCAGAUAGUACCAACGUGAAGUACCAGAACACAAACAGAAGCACUUCAGGGACACACAGAAGUCCUUCAGGGACAAACAGCAGCACUUCAGACCUCCCUCCAGCAUCUGGAAAUGUGACUGGAAACAGUAACUCCACCUUUAUUUCAAGUGGACAAGUAAUGAAUUUCAAGGGCGACAUCAUUGUUGUCUACCUUAGCCAAAACUCUCAGGAGGGGACAACGGCCUCCUCAGGGCUGAGUGAGGAGAACGUGGGCAGCCCCGUGCAGGAGGAGAACCUCAGCCGCUGCGAGACUUUCGCCGGCAAUGCCCAGCACUACAAGGAGAAGUGUGCGGAGCUGCAGGGCGCCCGCCCGGCCCCAGGGAGCGGGGGGCCACGGUGGCCUGGUGGAGCCCUGGCCCAGGAGUGGGGCCCAUCCUGUGGUGGACAAGCCUCCCAGCCCGUGCAGGAGGAAGGGAAGAUGGGACACUUCUCAGAGAAGGUGUUGAACUGAAGGGACACGGUGUCCUUGCUGCGGGCCAGGACACCGGCACACAGCCCCUGGCAGGGUGUGGGGCUGCUGCCGUGCUGCCAAAAUCCUGGGUGUCACGACAAACUGGGAGACUGUUGUUGCCCCUGGUGUCUCCUGGGAAAUUUUACAGCUGGAAGCACCCUCAUGGCGCACA